AUGGGCCAGGAAAAUAAAAACCAAACGUGGGUGAGUGAGUUUAUUCUGCUGGGGCUGUCCAGUGACUGGGGCAUUCAGGUGUCCCUCUUUGUCCUGAUUCUGGCCAUGUAUUUGGUGACUAUUGUGGGAAAUGCCCUCAUGCUUCUUUUGAUCAGACUGGACAGCAGGCUUCAUACCCCCAUGUACUUCUUCCUUAGUGUUCUGUCCUUUGUGGAUCUUUGCUAUACGAACAGUAUUGCCCCACAAAUGUUGGCCCACUUGCUCUCAGCUCUAAAGUCUAUCCCAUUCCCCAGCUGUGUGGUCCAGCUCUACACUUCCCUGGCAUUGGGUGGGUCUGAGUUCUUCCUGCUGGGAGCCAUGGCCUACGACCGCUACAUGGCAGUGUGCUGCCCGCUGCACUACACAGUUCUCAUGCACAAGGGGCUGUGCCUGGGGCUGGCUGCUGGCUGCCUGGCAGCUGGAUUCAUGAAUUCACUGAUGGAAACAAUCAUCACCAUCCGGCUUCCCUUGUGUCACAAUGUUAUUAAUCACUUUGCCUGUGAGACCCUAGCAGUGCUACGACUAGCCUGCGUGGACAUCUCCUUCAACAAAGUCAUGGUGGCCAUCUCAGGAUUUCUGGUGAUCAUGAUUCCCUGUUCUCUGGUUCUAUUCUCCUAUGUGCGUAUAGUAGCUGCCAUUCUACGCAUUCGUUCCGCUCAGGGACGUAGCAAAGCCUUUGGGACUUGUGUGUCUCACCUCACUGUGGUUAGCAUGUGCUUUGGGGCUACCAUCUUCACCUACCUGGGGCCACGGUCUGCCUCCUCAGUAGAAGAGGAGAAGAUGGUUGCUCUGUUCUACGCUGUGGUGGCACCCAUGUUGAAUCCCUUGAUCUAUAGCUUGAGGAAUAAGGAAGUUAUGGCUGCUCUCCAGAAAGUUUUAGAGAAAUUCAGAAAAAGGUCAAGACUCUAA